AUGGCUAGAAAGUUGAAACAAGUGGGCCAUGUAGCUUCUACAGUUGAUGUGCUCCAUGACAUAGAUGAAGAGGAAAAAGAGUAUGCAUUAGGCCUUCAUAGUGAGAGGUUGGCUAUUGCUUAUGGCCUGCUACACACCCCCAAUGGCUCACCCAUUAGAAUUGUGAAGAACCUUAGAGCUUGUAGAGACUGCCAUGAGGUCAUAAAGCUCAUAUCUGAGGUUUACAAUAGAGAAAUAAUACUAAGAGAUAGAGUUUGUUUCCACCAUUUCAGAGAAAGGGGGUGUUCUUGCAAUGACUAUUGGUAA